AUGGCUACCGGAUUCGCCUUGAAUCUCUUGUUUCUUCUCUCGUUGUUCUUUGCGUCUCUUAGCAACGCCGGUCACCCAGCCUGGGAGGCAGGCGCUACAACGGUCACGUCCGAAUGGAUACACAUAGACCCAUCUUGGGAGUUCCCCACCUGGCCGAGUGAGACCAUUCGGUAUUACUUCAACAGUCCAACAUCGAAAGAGAGAUUGUCAAGUGACAUACGGGCCGCAUGGCAACUCUGGUAUGCUGCAGGCUUGCCAGAGACCUUCCGAUUUGUCGAGUUUCCAAAGUGGCGGUGCGAGCGAGAACCAGACAGUUGUUUGCGUGUCAUUGGAGACGAGGAGGAAGUGUCGUUUUAUACCAGUAUUGCAAAGCAACGCAUAGAUCCCUGGGAUCGUAUUGCCAUGUACGUGGUCUUUGAGGGAAAUGAAGACGAAUUCGACCGGGCCCUGAUGAUUGCCCACGAGAUCGGGCAUGCCUGGGGUCUCAUCCAUGAACAUCAAAAUCCCUUGUAUUGGCAGUGGGCCUACUAUGAUACAAGACCUGAUUCACUCUUUCAGUUCUAUUGCGCGAACGUGAUUGGGUAUGAUGAGAUAGCGCAUCAAAUCAAUAAUACUCGGGAACUCUGGAGCGAGAACGGCCCUUGUCGCAGUCAGCUACGAGCGUUGGAAAUGGGGUUUUAUGCCGCCGACAUCAUUCCAUGGCAGUCUCGAUAUCAAUCACCACAUCAUUUGUGGCCUCAUGACUCUGACGUGGAUUGGGAUUCUAUCAUGAUUUACGGAUCGUACUUUUUCGGAGCGCCGGAUGAGCAGGGCAACAAUAAGGUCACUCUUCUCCGGAUGAAGGGCCUUCAGGUUAUCCCAGAACCUUCAACCGUCACGGAAUUCGACAUUUUUGGGAUGUUGCAUCUCUAUCAUCCCAAAUGGGGGAAGUUCCUGGAUGUGUUUCACAACGAUGAAUCUAGCCCUUGGUACACCAUCUUCCAGGGGAAGAUCAAGAGCUGUCCAAUUAAGACCUGA